AUGUCUGAUAUCGACCAUUCCUCGGAUGCGAUCUUUCCGCCGGAGCUCGAAUAUGUGAUCUUCAAGCUUGCGGCUGCGCAGGAUCGGGGGAGCAUACCGCGGCUCAUGCUCGUCGCUUGGCGGGUGAAAGAAUGGAUCGAGCCGCUGAUGUACCAGCCGCUGCUUUUUGACAGUCAAAUCACGCGCGACAACAACCUUGGGCUGCUCUUCCCGUUCGAGCGGCUGCCCCAGCUCAGUCCAAACGUGGCUGCCGGCGUGAAGAGCAGCAUGAUCAGCAUAUUCCCCGCUGCGUCCGUCCUGGCCAUCCUGGGCAAGCUGCCGGCCCUCGAGAACGUGUUCCUCUCCGUUACGGACAAGCUCUACACCGACUCCGAGCCGCUCCCAGCGGCGUUCAUGCGGCUGCCCUUCCGCCAUCUGUAUAGGGCUCCCAACCGUCCCCGUCUAUGGACGGGUCUACGGUGCCGUAUUUACGGUAAACCAUUGACAUAUAACGGCUGUCUACGGUACGGGUUACGGCCAUACGGUGCCGUACCGUAUGAGAUCCGCCGGCGCCACUUGACGGAAAAUAUGAUGAUGGGCUUCUUCGCGGCUGUCUCCCACUCACUGUACGUUUUCCGCCACAUCUGGUGCUCCCCACGCCGCGCGAAGAUGCCACCGAAAGGUCCGUUGCCCGCAAACUGCAAUGCGCGCCUCCACAAGACAUAUAAAGUCACACCUGCAAUGAUAGCAUAUGCCUGCGUCCAGGCACGCACGAUGCUCAGCUCGUCCGACUGGAACCACGAAGGCCACGACGGCCUGUUCGACUACAAGGACAUGUUCAAGACCAUUGUUUCGCUGUUCGAGGAGGAAACACCCGAGGGUCGUGUAUGGGCGGAGGAGACGUUAGGCUGGUGGCAGAGCAAUACAUUUGGCGUUGGCGCAACACCGUAUCUGCCCCCGAUGAUGACUCGGAAGGCGAGGAUGGCCCCGCUGGCCUCCGUGUGA